AUUUUGAGAGAUCUCGUGACCAUAACGUAUGAUGAUUUAUAAUCACAAGUACUUUGAAGAGCCUGACACAUAGAAACACUCGACAAUGUCCUCGACUUAACAGCACAUUUUCACAUCACUGAUUCCACGGUAGAGAAAUGACGGAUUCUCAGUCAGAAAAGAAGCCCCUGUUGGGAGCAGUGAAUGAGGGAGACGAUGGGGAGGAGGAAGUUUUAGAGGGAUGUGGAGGGACCAUGGCAUGCAACCCCCACCGUCCCUUGCAUCGAUACCUGGUGCUGGCCAUCAUGUGCUUCCUCAGCUUUGGGAGCUACUUCUGCUAUGACAACCCUGCCGCCCUUCAGGACACGAUGAUCAAGGCCCUGGACAUCUCGGAGAGCACCUUCAUGGGCUUCUAUUCCUGGUACUCUUGGCCCAAUGUCAUCCUCUGCUUCUUCGGAGGCUUUCUCAUUGACCGUGUGUUUGGGGUCAGGAUGGGGGCCAUCAUCUUCUCCUUGUUUGUCACUGCAGGACAGGUGUUGUUCGCUGCAGGUGCCCUUGUAAACCACGUAUGGCUGAUGAAUUUGGGCAGGUUUGUUUUUGGUAUUGGUGGGGAAUCAUUAUGUGUCGCCCAAAAUACGUAUGCUGUCAAGUGGUUCCAAGGGAAAGAACUCAACAUGGUGUUUGGUCUUCAGCUGAGCUUUUCUCGAGUGGGAAGUACUGUGAAUAUGAACAUCAUGCAGCCCAUCUAUCAGUGGAUCACUGGAUUUGGAUUCAAAAACGACUACACGGACCUAGGAGUGGUCCUUAUGAUUGGAGCCAUCAUGUGUGUGUUUUCUCUGUUCUGUGCUCUAGCAUUGAGCUUCUUUGACAAAAGAGCAGACAGAAUAUUGAAACGAGCUGCUGUUACUUCAGAUGAACAGAUCAGGAUAACAGAUGUGAAGGACUUCCCCUUGACCUUUUGGUUGCUGAGUAUCAUCUGUGUAGGCUAUUAUGUAGCAGUCUUCCCAUUCAUUGGUCUAGGACUGGUAUUUUUUGAAAUGAAGUGGGGAUUUGAACCAAACUUAGCAAACAACGUAAACAGUUUAGUGUACAUCAUCUCUGCAGUUGCCUCCCCUGUCUUUGGUUUUCUGAUUGAUCGAACAGGAAGAAAUGUUUUCUGGGUCAUUCUGGGCACGGUGUGUACCAUUGGCUGUCACGCGCUGCUGGCAUUUACAUUUCUCAAUCCAUAUGUUGCCAUGUCCUGUAUGGGAUUAGCCUACUCCAUCCUCGCUAGUGCUCUCUGGCCGAUAGCCUCCCAAAUUGUACGCAAUAGUCAGUUGGGGACAGCUUAUGGCAUCAUGCAAGCUAUACAGAACCUGGGUUUGGCUGUGAUAGCCAUCGUAGCAGGUGCCAUUGUGGACUCUAGUGGCUAUCUCAUCUUAGAAGUUUUCUUUCUGGCAUGCCUCUGUGUUGCCCUCAUAGCAGCUGUGAUGUUAUAUCUAGUGGAUGCCUCUAGAGGUGGAAAGCUGAAUAGGUCAGCCAAAGAAAGGAGGAGGUUAGCAGCUUUGAAAGAGGAAGAAGAAGAAGAGUAAAAGUUAUUAGACUGAUGAUAACACUGGUGGGAGUUUGUCUGUAGUGAAGUGAUGAUUUGAUUGUGUAAAGUUUAGGGCAUCUGAAGACUCGCUGGUAAACAUCAGACUCGUCUAGAAGGGUUUUUUUUUCUUCAGGUGAACUCCAUGAACACACACCAUAAAGACACUGAAGAUUUCUCUAUCUGAAUAUGAGGAAUUACCUCAGAACUUGGUGCUUUUCAUUCACAAUCAUUAAAACAUUUACGUCAUCUCGUUAACAUGUCUGAGACCCAUCCCACAGAAUCUUACUAAGUUAGUUUCCAGUUCAAUAAACUUUUUCAAAACAGUUAUUACUACAUGAGAGACCGAAAAGUGGUUACCUUAAAUCAACAAGAGUUACUAAAGGCAUGCUUUUAUCUACAUAUACGGCAUACUUUUAUCUACAUAUACAUGUAUAUGUAGAUUUAGUGGAUUUUGCAAAUCUGCUUAUUCAUUGUCAAUGAAUGAACAACAAAAUUGAACUACAUGUAUGUACUAUUUGUCUGUGUAAUUUAUAUCAAUUUCAUUAAAUAACAAUUUUUGUGUCUCGAUACCUACUUUGCUCAUGAAUCAUGCAAAACAUGUGAUAUAAUGAUGUUGUUGUGAUGAAAGUGUGCAUUGUUGCUUGUAUACAAGUACAUGUAUUUUAUUUUAUUAAAGACCUGUUUUGUCUUCUUGA